AUGUCCUCAUCGCAGCCGUUUGUAGCGUCCUCGCCAAUUGGUGGACGCCGGCGCAAAUCACGAUUUACAUACAAGCAACUGAAUCUGCUCGCGCAAUCCUCUACGAAUUGCCCGCUCCGUUGCAUUGCACUGAUAGAUUAUGACGCUUUUUAUGCGCAGUGCGAGUCAGUGCGACUCGGUCUUCCUCCAGAUCAACCACUCGGAGUGCAACAGUGGCAAGGUUUGAUCGCCAUCAAUUAUCCUGCUCGUGAGUUUGGUCUCAAUCGACAUGUCACUCCGACGGAGGCGCGCCAGAAGUGCCCACAAAUCACCCUACAGCACGUCGCAACAUGGCGAGAAGGCGAUGAUAAGUGGGCAUAUCGGGACGGCGCGGACAAGCACAUCUCAACGGAUAAGGUAUCACUUGACCCCUAUCGGCUAGAGUCCAGAAAGUCCCUCGCUCUGAUCAAAGACUUCCUUCCUGCGCCUCCAGUCCAGAGAGUUGAAAAGGCGUCGAUAGAUGAAGUCUUCCUCGAUCUCUCUGCACAAAUUCAUGGCCUACUCCUCGAGCGUCAUCCUGAACUACGAAUUGCACCAUAUGAUGAUCCUACGGAACGCCUCCCUUUACCACCAUCUACUGCUCUAGAUUGGCAGGCAGAUGCGCUAAUUGACCUUGACGAUAAUCAAACAGAAGACGACGACCCAGACUGGGACGAUGUGUGCAUGAACAUUGGCAGUACCAUUGUUAGAGAUGUGCGUCGCAUGAUUUUUGAAAAGCUACAUUACACCACGUCUGCUGGCAUUGCGCGCAACAAGAUGAUGGCUAAGCUGGGAGCCGGCUAUAAGAAGCCAAACCAGCAGACGAUUGUCCGGAACCGGGCAGUGCAGCAUUUUCUGGGCAGCUUCAAGUUCACAAAAAUACGCAAUCUUGGUGGCAAACUUGGUGACCAGAUUGUCGAGACUUUCAACACUGAAGAAGUCACGGAGCUACUCAAGGUUCCUCUCGAGACGAUGAAGGCAAAAUCCGGUGAUGAGACCGGCACCUGGCUGCAUGGCAUUAUACGUGGUGAAGAUAAUUCGGAGGUGAACUCGCGCACACAAAUCAAGAGCAUGCUAUCGGCAAAGUCUUUCCGUCCUAGCAUCAACAGUUUUGAGCAGGCGGUGAGGUGGCUGAGGAUUUUCGUUGCUGAUAUCUACGCGAGACUAGUCGAAGAGGGAGUCACCGAAAACAGGCGACGACCAAAGACUAUGAACUUGCACCACAGACAGGGUGGUACAACAAGGAGCAAACAGCUGCCCAUCUCGACCGGGAAGAAGAUCGACGAGAACACACUCUUCGAAUUAGCGAAGACUUUGAUGGGUCAAGUUGUGGUAGAUGGUCGCGCGUGGCCUUGUGCUAAUCUAAGCUUGAGCGUUGGCGGUUUUGAGGAUGGUAUCACGGGCAACAGAGGCAUCGGUAGUUUCUUGGUCAAGGGCGAUGAGGCGAAGGCGCUGGAGGCAGAGAGGUCCAACAGCGCAACGCCUGUGCCAGGAAAUGACGCCACGCGCCCAACGAAGAAGCGCAAACUCGACGGCCCAGAUAUUGGACGUUUUUUUGCUAGGGAUGAUAGCCGCGGUGAUGACGAUGCGGAAGGGGAUCGACGCAUUUCAGAUGCAAAAGAGGACCGUGACAUGUACGGUGAAGAUGAACAUGACGCGGCGGCUAAUAUGAGUGGUUCAGUUGAGCGGGACACUGCAACAUAUUUCUUCUGCGCAGAGUGCAGCAAGCAGAUACCGGAAGGAGAUAGGGAACAGCAUCAGGACUGGCACUUUGCCAAAGACUUGCAGGCUCAGGACUCGCAGAUGCCUGUUCAGCCAGAACACGAGCAGACCAAGGGCCGGCCUCCUGGACAUCCAGCUUCUAAGAUCAAGCGUGGCGGUGGACUCGCAAACGGACGAGGUCGGGGAAGUGCAAAGGCUGGAAAAGCAGAGAAAGGCCAGCAAAGACUAGCUUUUGGGUAG